GGCUAUAAAAUGAAGCAGCAAAAGCUUACACUCGAGCUAAGUCGGCGGAGUUACAGGAGUCGGCGGAGUUACAGGGCGGCAGCUUCUGAGGGAGUAGUUGGAGGCUGAAGGAAGUGCAACUGUAAGUGUCAAUGAUCGCCUUUUGUUUUGGAUGUAAACAUAAAUUUCUGUUCCAAUAUUUAGUACUUUCAAGAAUCUUCCCUCCUACUUCAAAACCAUUAGAUGCACAACUUUGAUCAAUCCAACUAUGAACAAAACGAAGUCUCUAAUUACAGUGGAAUCCCAACAACUCGCGCUUCAACAUCCUGUAACUCACAUUUUUGACUCCCGACCCCACAGUCCAAUCUAUGCAGCGCUUCUUCAAGCAGGUCCUCGUCUGAGAAACCUUCAACAAGUUCACGCCCAUAUCAUUGUUUCCGGAUUCCAUAGAAGUCGAUCACUUCUCACCAAGCUUCUUUCACUGGUUUGUGCCGCUGGUUCAAUCACGUAUGCUCGUCGGUUGUUGCCCACUGUCCCAAAUCCCGAUUCAUUCCUGUUCAAUUCCCUUCUCAAAGCGACUUCCAAGUAUGGUUUUUCUGUUGAUGCCGUCCUGUUUUACCGUCAUAUGCUCUUCUUGGGUGUUUACCAGUCGAAUUAUACAUUUACGUCUGUUAUCAAAGCCUGUGCAGAUCUUUCAGCUCUCAGGUUGGGUAGAGAAAUUCAUUCUCACGUUGUGGUUUCUGGUUAUGGAUCUGAUAUGUACGUUCAGGCUGCACUAAUUGCUCUCUAUUCCAAAGCUGGUGAUAUGAAAGUCGCCCAGAAGGUGUUUGAUGAAAUGCCCCAAAGAACAACUAUAGCUUGGAAUUCACUUAUAUCAGGGUACGAGCAGAAUGGAUUACCAGCGAAAUCAAUCGAUUUAUUUAAUCUGAUGAUAGGGUCGGGCUUUCAACCUGAUUCAGCUACAGUAGUAAGCUUAUUGUCUUCCUGUUCUCAGCUGGGAGCUCUUGAUUUCGGAUGCUGGUUGCAUGAUUAUGCCAAUAGUAAUAGUUUCGAUCUGAACGUGGUUCUUGGUACUUCAUUGAUUAACAUGUACACUAGAUGCGGGAAUGUAAGCAAAGCGCGGGAAGUUUUUGACUCCAUGAAGUUAAGGAAUGUUGUUACUUGGACAGCCAUGAUUUCAGGGUAUGGGAUGCAUGGUUAUGGUGAGCAAGCAAUGAAGCUUUUCAAUGAAAUGAGAGCUUAUGGUCCUCGCCCUAACAAUAUCACAUUCGUUGCUGUCUUGUCUGCAUGUGCUCAUUCAGGGUUGAUUGAUGAUGGUCGUCGGGCAUUUUCAAGCAUGAAGGAAAUAUAUGGGUUAGUUCCAGGAGUAGAACAUCAUGUCUGCAUGGUAGAUAUGUUUGGACGUGCUGGAUUGCUCAAGGAUGCUUAUCAAUUCAUUAGAAAAUUUCUUCCUGAAGAGCCAGGUCCAGCAGUUUGGACUUCAAUGCUUGGGGCUUGCAGAAUGCAUAAAAAUUUUGACCUUGGAGUUAAGGUUGCAGAACAUGUUUUAGCAGUUGAACCAGAAAACCCUGGUCAUUAUGUAAUGCUUUCUAACAUAUAUGCAUUGGCCGGUAGAAUGGAUCGAGUAGAGAUGGUGCGAAACAUGAUGGUUAGACGACGCCUAAAGAAGCAAGUAGGUUAUAGCACCAUAGAGAUCAAUCAGAAAACCUAUAUGUUUAGCAUGGGUGACAAGUCUCAUCCUGAAACAAAUGCUAUCUAUAGGUAUUUAGAUGAAUUAAUGGGCCGUUGUAGUGAAUCAGGCUAUAUACCAGCACUGGAGUCCUUGAUGCAUGAUUUGGAAGAAGAAGAAAGGGAUUAUGCCCUUAGAUAUCAUAGUGAAAAGCUUGCCCUAGCGUUUGGUUUACUUAAAACCAAUCAAGGUGAGACUAUUAGGAUUGUAAAGAACCUUCGAAUAUGUGAGGAUUGUCAUUCAGCUAUUAAACACAUCUCUGUUAUUGCUGAUAGAGAAAUAAUUGUUAGGGAUAAAUUUCGUUUUCACCACUUCAAAGAUGGUGCAUGUUCUUGUCUUGAUUAUUGGUGAUAAUUUCAAUUCAUAAUCAUCAGCUUCAGUAUUCUAGCUGUUACUGAGACUUCAUUGGAUUUACGAGCUAAUCCACCACAAAUCAUGGAAAGGUCAUUGCGUUUUCUAAUUGAUGACCAAUCCUGUCACUGGAGCUCCUCGGUAUUUUUAAAUAGCUAGGCGAUCUGGUUGUUAACUUGAUCAGUGCUCAGGUUGUCAAGGCCCUUUUUUAUUCGAUGAUUGAUCCCUAAAGCGGGUACCAACCAGGUGUUUUCUACUCAUUUGAAAAUUGUAGCAUCAGAUAAGAUCUCUUUGGUUGUUUGGAAAAGUGUGCUUAUGCUAAUUAUGUUCUAACUUCCUUUUGAAAACAGAUAUGUAUUGGUAUUGCAUUUAUUCUGGCAUACGGAAAUUAUUUGUAACAAGCAAUUAGAUUGUUGUCUUUUUAUUCUGUAUCAUAAUUCUGAGAAGGAUCUUGCCGAGCUUAGGGAGUGUCCAUAUGACCAGGGAGGAUAUUUUAUCAUCAAUGAGAGUGAGAAGGUUCUUAUUGCACAAGAGAAGAUGUGCAUAAAAUAUGUUUCCAAAAAAGGACAGCCAAACAAGUACGCCUUUGUGGCAGACGUCUGGUCUAUGGCUGAGUCACAAAAUAGACCACCUAAUACCAUGUUUGCACACAAAUGCUUUCUUGAACUAGUGGCAAGGGGGUCUUCAGGACAAUACACACAUGCCACUCUGCCUGAAACCCGAACUGAGAUUAUGAUUAUUGUUGUGUUUCGUGCUCGAGGAUUUGUUCCUGAUAAAGAUCUUCUAGAGCAUGUAUGUUAUGAAUUCUUUGAUACUUAAAUGAUGGAGUUGCUUCAGUCUUCUCUGGAAGAGGCUUUUGUUAUACCAAAUCAGCAGAGGUUGCACUAGACCAUAUUGGGAAGAGAGGAUCAACAGUUGGUGUGACCAAGGAAAAGAGGAUUAAAGAUUCCUCAAGAGGAAAUGCUUCCCCAUGUUGGUGUAGGUGAAUUUUGUGAGACUAAGGAGGCAUACUAUUUUGGUUAUAUAAUUCAUCCGCUACUCUUAUGUGCCCUUGGGCGGAUAGCAGAAGAUGAUGGGAACCACUUUGGAAACAAAAGACUGGACUUUUCUGGUCCUUUACUUGGAGGCCUGUUUAAAGUGCUAUUUAGAAAGUUAACAAGAGAAGGGAUCGGUUACGUCCAAAGGGUCGCAAUAAAAAAAAAAAAACAAAAAAAAACAGGAUCUUAUUCAAGUAAGGAUCAAUCCAGGCGAGGCUUAUUCUGACACCUACACUCACUGUGACAUCCAUUCAUCAUUGAUUUCGGGCGUUUGUGCUUCAAUUAUUCCAUUUCCUGACCAUAAUCAGAAGCUAUAGGAAUAUAUGUCACCAACUAGCAAUGUCAAAUGGUAUGCUCUACUUCAAUUUCAAAUAAAAGUUGUACUGUCUAUAUAAAUAAUCAAAGUUGGAAGCUUCAAUAAUUGGUAUCUAAAAAAGUCUGGUUUGAAACUGGGUCAGCGAAAUACGGGGAGUAGACGCCUUUCAGUGUGUGGGACUGGUUCAUCUAUUGAAGUUGAUGUUGUGGAUCAGCCCCUCUUCAAGCCAGUAGUUUUGCUCAGUAUCUUCUGCCGAUUGUCAGCUUGUUCAAUUGACAUUAGAGGAUUCCAGUCACUAGACACAACAUCUUUCUUCUCGGUGGUGAAAUUAUUAUGUUGUCCAGGCUAGGACUACUCUAGAAGAUAAGUAGUCGGGAGUAGUUGCUUCCCUUCUUCCUGUUGCUUGCUCAGAUUUUGAAUCUUUAUCUCUGAACUUCUUCAAGCUAGGACUACUCCAGAUGAUAAGCAGUCUGGAGUAGUUGCUCCCCUUAUUCCAAUUGCGUACUCAGAUUUUGAAUCUUUAUCCUAGGUUUGUUGAUCUUCUCCAAGCUAGGACUACUCCAGAUGAUAAGCAGUCGAGGGUAGUUGCUUCCCUUACUCCAAUUGCUUACUCAGAUUUUGAAUCUCUCUCAGAAGAGAAAACCAGGAUAAGAGAGAGGAUGCGAUGCGAGAUUAUUCCACGUCAGCUAAUGUGGGGCCCAUCAGAAUGGUUAAAGAAAACGGAGGUUCGUCCAUAAAGCCCCGUUCACCUUGGACGCUAGAAUCACUAUCAACUGGCUGUUUUCUCUAUUUCCCGUUCUGUCAUUUCGUUCUCCAACCUUUUCAUUUUUGCAUUAACAUUGCCUCUUUUUGUGGGAAGCUAUUAGCAAAAGAACUGCUGAUUCUCUCUCACAG